AUGACGCCUCGCAGCCAAGCGUCGAUAGCCAGUCCAACGAGUCUGUCAGGCUUAGCCUCAGCCUCAUCGUCACGAGCGGACCAGCCCAAAGUCCUGGCCCGGCGCUCAUCCUCUCCUCCCGCUACCAAUCAGCGUGAUGCAGAGUGCCGUCAAGAUCUCACGAACGCGGCUAAUGCCAGGCGACAUCGUUCUGACACGGCGACGUCGGAAACAGAGGUCCGAUCACGUCGCAUUAGGGUGACAAAGGGUAAAGCAAAAUUCAUUCCUAAUCGUGUCAAGCGCUACCACGAAAGGUCGCUUGCCGGUUGUUUGACCUGUCGAAAGCGUAGAGUCAAGUGCGAUGAGGCCAAACCUGUCUGCCAAAGGUGUGCCAGUGGCGAUCGCGAGUGCCUCUAUGCCCACUCCGAUGCCUCAUCGAGCUCGAAAGGCCUUUCUUCGGCGCACGGCGCUUUGAACGACGACAUGCUUCGCACCGCCAGCUCUACUGCAUGUCCUGGCCUUCAGGUGUCAUCACUUGUUCACAACAAUUCACCUCCGUCCAAACUCAGUGCCAGCACCUCUUUUCACCUUUCCCCACCAGCAGGCGUAGGACCUGCAUCGUCAUCCCAUUCUUCUGCCGCGUAUGCAUCGGCCUCGCCCCGAACACCAUUUGAUCAAGCUAGUCCGCAUUCUCCGUUAGCACAUCGCAACGGCCGUGCUAGAGCGUCUACCAGCGCACAUAAUGACCGCUACCGGAAGCCAGAUCGUCCUCACCAACACGCAAGCCACGCAAUCUCCGAUUACGACCAUCAUAGACCCCACAUUUAUACCCAACAACAUUCACGCUCCUUUGGUGCCUCGUCGAUCGACAUCUCCAUGGUCAAACUACCCGCACUCCCGUCAGGCUUCGGUUUCGAUCAUCUCGACGCCUACUUUCCGACGUACGAACAGCAGUGCCUCUUUCGACACUACAUCCUCGAAGUCGCGCCACAGCUCUGCGUCAUGCAGAUUCCUUUGCCGGACAAUCGCUGGAUCAGAUACCACGCCACCUUUGCCGUCCGUCAUCCACACGGAGUUAACGGCUACGAAGAUGCUUUACGAUCGGCUUUGUUGAGUAUGGCAAGCCUCGAUAUCGGUCACAAGUUGUCACAAUCGCCCAUACCAGACUUGUUCCCUUCGGUUGCAUCGCGAUCAGAUGAUCCAUCACCUUGGUCCGACAAUUUCAGUAACGGCACCAGAACUAUGUCGGGGCCCUCUCCACACAGCUCGACCUCUCACCACGCCGAGAGCAUCCAAGGUGCGGCACCUGCGAUACACGGAUCCGAAGCGAACACAAAAAGCAUCAUGUCCAACGUUCUGCUCGAGCUGAGCAAUCUGCGUCGAGAGGAGAGUUUGCGUCUCUUGCGCACCACGCUCAAGGAAAGACGCGCGCCACUGGAUCGCGGCAAUGCUGCUAUCAUGCUUGCUACCGUUCUUGGUCUAGCCACGCGAGACAGACUGGCAGCACAGCAAGACUGGCAGGAUGCGCUGCACAUUGCCUCUAGAGCCAUCGCUGAGCUCGGUGGUCCAGCCGCCUUUGUAGACCAGUCUGACCCAUCGAGCCUCUUCCUGAUCGAACAGAUCGCUUGUUUUGACGCUCUCAGCUCGCUCACUUCCGACGAUUAUACCCUUUUCCUACAACCUUGGGACGACUGGUGGUAUGCGUUGAUGGACUCGCCCCGCAGCAUCAAGGAGGACAGUGUGCUGCAGACAUUCGGACUGCAUAGAGGCAUGAUCGACAUGUUGGCACGAAUGACGCGAGUCGAGGCCACCCGACGCGAAUUGCAGGAGCGCACGAGCGUCACCAUCAUACUUUCUGAGGCGGUGGGUGGCGGAUCACCACCUGCGCUGCCACCAGAGUACGAAGAGACGCGACUGUGGUUGGAGUCAACAGCGCGAGCAUUGGUGGCAGAGAUUCCGAUCUGGGCCAAGAUGCCGUUCCCAGCAGAAGCGACACGCACGCUGCAGACGCUUUUGCCAGUGAUCAUGAAUCAUCUGUACGUGGCUGCAGCCGAGCUUUACAUCCACUCGGUCAUCUUCUCAAAACCAGCGGAUCACCCAUGCUUUUCCGAGCCUACGGCUGUCGUGCUCAAUCGUACAGAAGAGGCGAUCCAAGCGGGUAUCACCAAAGGGUUGUUGCUCCCGCUCUCGUUUGCAGCCUUCUCAGCACGCUAUCAAGACCGGGAUCGGAUCCGCGUCAUGCUCAACGAGCUGCGUCCGUACUACAAAUUUGACCUUGAACGCAUGGAAAAACUCAACGAGCAUCUAUGGAGCUUGGUCGAUAGUGGCCUCACACCGACUGAUUGGGGCAUGUUCCUCAAGAGCGUAGGCUGCUUCAACUGGGCGUUCUGA